ACGCCCUCUCUCCAAACCGGGCGCAGGCCGGGCCCGGAGCGCAGCUCCCCGGCAGGCAGGCGGGCGGGUGGGCGGGUGGCGUCGGCGGGCCGGGGAGGAGCGGCUGGGGGCUUGGCCCCGGGGCGGUGGUGCGGCCGGGAUGCCGCCGCCGCCACCUCCGGGCCGUGUGGGCUGUCCGCGGCGAGUGCCGGUGUCGGGUGCGUGGCCGCGCGCGGGCCUCGUUGCCCAGCCGCCUCUCCGGGGCUAACGCGGCCGUGCGGCGCCCCGAGGGGGUCGGGCCGUCCGGAGGGGGCCGCGGCCCUGUUGGGCGCAGCGAGCUCGCCCUCUCGCGGCUCCCCGCCGCCGCCGCCACCGCCCCUCUCCCCGCCCAGAGGCGCCCCGGGGGCACCAUGCAGGCGCAGCAGCUGCCCUACGAGUUUUUCAGCGAGGAGAACGCGCCCAAGUGGCGGGGGCUGCUGGUGCCUGCGCUGAAGAAGGUCCAGGGGCAAGUUCAUCCUACUCUAGAGUCUAAUGAUGAUGCUCUUCAAUAUGUGGAAGAAUUAAUUUUGCAGUUAUUAAAUAUGCUAUGCCAGGCGCAGCCCCGAAGUGCAUCAGAUGUUGAGGAACGUGUUCAAAAAAGUUUUCCACAUCCAAUUGAUAAGUGGGCAAUAGCUGAUGCCCAGUCGGCUAUCGAAAAGAGGAAGCGAAGAAACCCUUUAUCUCUCCCAGUAGAAAAAAUUCAUCCUUUAUUAAAGGAGGUCCUAGGUUAUAAAAUUGACCACCAGGUUUCUGUUUACAUAGUAGCAGUAUUAGAAUAUAUUUCUGCAGACAUUUUAAAGCUGGUGGGGAAUUACGUAAGAAAUAUACGGCAUUAUGAAAUUACAAAACAAGACAUUAAAGUGGCAAUGUGUGCUGAUAAGGUAUUGAUGGAUAUGUUUCAUCAAGAUGUAGAAGAUAUAAACAUACUAUCUUUGACUGAUGAAGAGCCUUCCACCUCAGGAGAACAAACUUACUAUGAUUUGGUAAAAGCAUUUAUGGCAGAAAUUCGACAAUAUAUAAGGGAACUGAAUCUAAUUAUAAAAGUUUUUAGAGAGCCCUUUGUCUCCAAUUCAAAGUUGUUUUCAGCAAAUGAUGUAGAAAAUAUCUUUAGUCGUAUAGUGGAUAUACAUGAACUUAGUGUGAAGUUACUGGGCCACAUAGAAGACACUGUAGAAAUGACUGAUGAAGGCAGUCCCCAUCCACUGGUAGGAAGCUGCUUUGAAGACUUAGCAGAGGAACUGGCAUUUGAUCCUUAUGAGUCGUAUGCCCGAGAUAUUUUACGACCCGGUUUUCACGACCAUUUCCUUAGUCAAUUAUCAAAGCCUGGGGCAGCACUUUACUUGCAGUCAAUAGGCGAAGGUUUCAAAGAAGCUGUUCAAUAUGUUUUACCCAGGCUGCUUCUAGCCCCUGUUUACCACUGUCUUCAUUACUUUGAACUUUUGAAGCAGUUAGAAGAGAAGAGUGAAGAUCAAGAAGACAAGGAAUGCUUGAAACAAGCAAUAACAGCUCUGCUCAAUGUUCAGAGUGGCAUGGAAAAAAUCUGUUCUAAAAGUCUUGCAAAACGAAGACUGAGUGAAUCUGCAUGUCGGUUUUAUAGUCAGCAAAUGAAGGGGAAACAACUGGCCAUCAAGAAAAUGAACGAAAUUCAGAAGAAUAUUGAUGGUUGGGAGGGAAAAGACAUUGGACAGUGUUGCAAUGAGUUUAUAAUGGAAGGAACUCUUACACGUGUGGGAGCCAAACAUGAGAGACACAUAUUUCUAUUUGAUGGCUUAAUGAUUUGCUGUAAAUCAAAUCACGGGCAGCCAAGACUUCCUGGUGCUAGCAAUGCUGAGUAUCGUCUUAAGGAAAAGUUUUUUAUGCGAAAGGUACAAAUUAAUGACAAAGAUGACACCAGUGAAUACAAACAUGCUUUUGAGAUAAUUCUGAAAGAUGAAAAUAGUGUUAUAUUCUCUGCCAAGUCGGCUGAAGAGAAAAACAACUGGAUGGCAGCGCUGAUAUCUCUGCAGUACCGGAGUACCCUGGAGAGGAUGCUCGAUGUUACCGUGCUGCAGGAAGAGAAGGAGGAGCAGAUGCGCCUGCCCAGCGCUGAUGUGUACAGAUUUGCAGAGCCCGACUCCGAAGAGAAUAUUAUCUUUGAAGAGAAUAUGCAGCCCAAGGCUGGAAUUCCAAUUAUCAAAGCAGGAACUGUGAUUAAGCUCAUAGAGAGGCUUACGUACCACAUGUAUGCAGAUCCCAAUUUUGUUCGGACAUUUCUUACAACCUACAGAUCCUUUUGCAAACCUCAAGAACUACUGAGUCUUAUAAUAGAAAGAUUUGAAAUUCCAGAACCUGAGCCAACAGAAGCUGAUCGCAUAGCUAUAGAGAAUGGAGAUCAACCCUUGAGUGCAGAGCUAAAAAAGUUUAGAAAAGAGUAUAUUCAGCCUGUGCAGCUCCGAGUAUUAAAUGUGUGUCGGCACUGGGUAGAACACCACUUCUACGAUUUUGAACGAGAUGCAGACCUUCUGCAGCGAAUGGAGGAAUUUAUUGGAACAGUAAGAGGUAAAGCAAUGAAAAAAUGGGUUGAAUCUAUCACUAAGAUAAUCCAAAGGAAAAAAAUAGCAAGAGACAAUGGACCAGGUCAUAAUAUUACAUUUCAGAGCUCACCUCCCACAGUUGAGUGGCAUAUAAGCCGACCUGGGCACAUAGAGACUUUUGACCUGCUCACCUUACACCCAAUAGAAAUUGCUCGACAACUCACUCUACUGGAAUCAGACUUGUACCGAGCUGUGCAACCAUCGGAAUUAGUUGGAAGUGUGUGGACAAAGGAAGACAAAGAAAUCAAUUCUCCUAAUCUUCUGAAGAUGAUCAGACACACCACUAAUCUCACUCUGUGGUUUGAGAAAUGUAUUGUAGAAACUGAAAAUUUAGAAGAAAGAGUAGCUGUGGUGAGUCGAAUAAUUGAAAUUCUACAGGUCUUUCAAGAGCUAAACAACUUUAAUGGUGUCCUGGAAGUUGUCAGUGCUAUGAACUCAUCACCUGUUUACAGACUAGAUCACACAUUCGAGCAAAUACCAAGUCGCCAAAAGAAAAUUUUAGAAGAAGCUCAUGAACUGAGUGAAGAUCACUAUAAGAAAUAUUUGGCAAAACUCAGGUCUAUUAAUCCACCAUGUGUGCCUUUCUUUGGAAUUUAUCUCACUAAUAUUUUAAAAACAGAAGAGGGCAACCCUGAGGUUCUGAAACGACACGGAAAAGAGCUGAUAAACUUCAGCAAAAGGAGGAAAGUAGCUGAGAUCACAGGCGAGAUCCAACAGUACCAAAAUCAGCCUUACUGUUUACGAGUAGAAUCUGAUAUCAAGAGGUUCUUUGAAAACUUGAAUCCAAUGGGAAAUAGCAUGGAAAAAGAAUUUACAGAUUAUCUCUUCAACAAGUCCCUAGAAAUAGAACCGCGAAACCCCAAGCCUCUCCCAAGAUUUCCAAAAAAAUAUAGCUAUCCCCUUAAAUCUCCUGGUGUCCGUCCAUCCAACCCAAGGCCAGGUACCAUGAGGCAUCCUACCCCUCUGCAGCAGGAGCCAAGGAAAAUCAGUUACAGCAGGAUCCCAGAGAGCGAAACAGAAAGUACAGCAUCGGCCCCAGAUUCUCCCAGAACUCCCUUGACACCUCCUCCUGCGUCUGGUGCUUCCAGUGCCACAGAUGUCUGCAGCGUGUUUGAUUCGGAUCAUUCAAGCCCCUUUCACUCAAGCAGCGAUACCGUCUUUAUCCAAGUAACACUGCCCCAUGGCCCAAGGUCUGCUUCAGUAUCAUCUAUCAGCUUAACCAGGGGCACCGAUGAAGUGCCUGUCCCCCCUCCUGUUCCUCCACGAAGACGACCAGAAUCUGCCCCAGCGGAAUCUUCCCCAUCUAAGAUCCUGUCGAAGCACUUGGACAGCCCCCCAGCCAUCCCUCCUAGGCAGCCCACAUCCAAAGCCUAUUCACCCCGCUACUCCCUCUCAGACCGGACCUCCCUGUCAGAGCCUCCCGAAAGCCCUCCCUUGCUACCACCACGAGAACCUGUGAGGACACCUGAUGUUUUCUCAAGCUCACCACUACAUCUCCAACCUCCUCCUUUGGGCAAAAAAAGUGACCAUGGCAAUGCCUUCUUCCCAAACAGUCCUUCCCCUUUCACCCCACCACCUCCUCAAACACCUUCUCCUCAUGGCACAAGAAGGCACCUGCCAUCCCCACCACUGACACAAGAAGUAGACCUCCAUUCCAAUGCUGGGCCGCCUGUUCCUCCACGACAAAGCACUUCUCAACAUAUCCCCAAACUCCCUCCAAAAACUUACAAAAGGGAGCACACCCACCCAUCUGUGCACAGAGAUGGACCACCACUGUUGGAGAAUGCCCACUCUUCCUGAGUUCCUCUGCCCUAGGAUGGACAGUAUCCGAGCCCCAAAUCCAUUGCUGGCAAUGGAUGCACUGAAUGUGCCAGCACUGAGGAGUUGCAGUGAGAACUCCAAACACUAACGACUCUACUUCAAGAUGCAGUAUAAGACAAUGAGUUUUAACCUACACCUAAUUGUAAGAUGAAACGGUAUUCCAGUUUAGAAUACGGAGAGACUGACCUAGAGGAAAUGGAGAACAGAUUGCACCUGAACAUCAAGUCGCAGGCAUCUGUCCAGCCAGUAGACAGGAGUCCCUUUCUAUGAAGUGAUGUCUACCAUCAGAGGGGUGGAAGACAGUCUGGUGUCCAGCAGCCCACGUGAUGACAGCUUUUAUAAUUCCAAAUAUCAUGCACUUUUAAAAAAAAAUCUUAAACAGGGAUUUUAAUAUCCUCCCUUCUUUUCCUUUGCUUUACUCUUCUACUUUAGAAUAUUUUCUUAAAAAUCAUUCAAAGGACUGUGAGGAAAGGCUGUGGUACCUGCCCUUGUUGAACUCAAGGCCCAGCACCGUACUGCAGUCCUGUUUACAGAUUAUUACAGUGAAUUGAAUGGGUACCAAGGCUUCACCAAAGAGGUACUUUUUUUUGUUUUUAUUUUAAAUAUUAUACCAAUUUAAGAGCAUUUCCUCCACCUGUCCCUCCCCCUAAACACAAACGAAAUGUGGUGGUGUUGCCUUCAAAUAAGAGAAAUUGUGUCAUUAACAUGACAGGAGGACUUUUUAAAAAAUGUAACUGUUGAGCAUUCUAUUUACAUUUAGAAGACUGUUAAUCUGUGCUAGAUUGUCAUUCCCUCAGUGGUUUCCUGGUAACCCAUGUCGUAGCUGUCCCUCUAACCUUACUGUGGCAAAGCAGGCACCCACUGUAAGAAGGAGCACUUGGGGCAUCACUGACACCAUUCAUGUUUUACUAAUAGUCGAGUAAUCAGCAUAUCUAGAAUUACCUUGCAUUGCCUAAAUCAUGUGUAUAUAGUGAAUGUUAUAUAAUAUACCUGGCAGGUCUGUUUUAAUUUAAUUGAAUAAAGAUAAAAAUACUUUGUUUGGCUGGCAUAUAUUAAAUUAUUAUAUGGAGAAAGUGGUUGGUUCUUAUUUCUUUCAGUUGAAAAACACAAAAACACUAAACCUAAAUAAGUACAAUAUGUGGUACGCCUUGGUUCUAGUUCUGGAUAUAUGUGUUAGUCUUAAAGAAUGAUCAAAAAUUGCAGUGGCAGGUGGGAAAAAUGCUUGGUUAGAAUAGGAUGGGUACCUUUUAAACAGAACUGUGUAAAGUUUAAUUUCCAGUUUGCUAAGAUUUAUACUGAGCAUUCUGGCUUGCUUAAGAUCUUCUGCUCUGUCAGAACUAUCAUGGUAGAACAUCUGCUUGCAUCGUUAAUAUCAUGAAACAGAUUACUCAUUAAGCCUGUGUACUACUCUUCUGAGUCUCCCAGAUACUGUGACUGAAAUGCAUGCAACUUGGCGAGGAGACACAUUUUUAUUAAUCUCCGCUGUGAUGUCUCAAAUAUGCAGUAUUCCGAUCUUAGAGUCCACAGUUCAUUGGUAUCUGCAUGUGUCCUCUGAAAUAAUGUAGCAGCAUUUCAGCAGUUCUGUUAACUAAGCCAUUAGAGACAUUUCUAGAAGUACUGCACCAUGGUGGAAACCCAGUAGUUUAAUCAUUUCCUGUGAUAUUUAUUAGAGCAUUAAAUGUACAUUACGAUAGUGCAGUAUAUUAGCCUUUUAAGAACAGAAAGUAUGUUAGUUGCAUCAUCAUUAAGUAAUCCAUCCUAUCAAAUCCUUUCUUAUUUAUUUGUUAGAGUGAAUUUUUUUGUUUAAGACCUGUACCAUUUCCACUAUGGUAGCCACUUUUCUCUUUGUAAAAGCUCCAAAAAUAAUCUGAAGUCCCCUCUUGGAUGCCUUUUAUUCAGUGAAUAUUUAUCUAAGCCUUCUUACUAGUGCUGCUAUAAUUAAUUGUGACACACAUUCCAGAAUCUCCUGUGACUUUUUUUAUUGGGCCAGCCUUACUGUCCCUGGAGUUUCCCUUUUUUUAUGGCUUAUUAAUCACUUUUUUUUUUAAUUACUCUAACCCUACUCCAGAUGAGAACUUAAGAAAAGUCACAUAGGAAUCCAUUCAGUGCAUCUCUGGCUAGUAUACUGACCGUCAAUAAAGCGAUAAUUCCUUUUCAACCUGCCUGAUCCUGUACUGAGGAAAAAGGUUUGUAGUUGCAAUCAUAUUUUUCCCCAAGGAAACCAUUCUUAACCCAGUGGUUUUGAAAGACCACUUCACUGUGCAACGUUUUAUAUGCAUUGAGGUGAUAGAGGAUAUUUUUGUUCUGAUGUGUGGUGUUUGGGUAAAAAUGCUUUCUGCAGUGAGAAUUAGAAAAAUCCCAAUUGGAUGCCCUUAGUUCCUUACUUUCUUCUCAUGUAAAACAUUAACUGGCUGACAAAUGUAUCCUUUCUAAUAACUAAAAUAGUUAAUCAGGGACAUGAAGUGAAGGAAGACGGUAGAAACAUCCUUACAAAAUUC